CAACAAAUUAAAAUUACAAAAAAGGAAAAUAAGAAAGAAAAGGGCGAGCCCUAAUUUGUUGAAGAUCGCCGCUCACAACUACCAAACCGAUCUCUUUUCAUCCCUCCGGUUCCAUUCAGGUGGUCGGAAGACAUAAGAUGAGUGGUUUCAAAGCGUACAAAGCAUGCGUCCCGAUAGCAUGGAGUCCCAAUCUAUACAUAACCUUGGUUAGGGGAAUUCCAGGAACCAGGAGACUUCACAGACGCACUUUAGAAGCAUUGCGCUUAGGAAAGUGCAAUCGCACUGUCAUGAGAUGGAACACUCCUACUGUUAGAGGAAUGCUCCAACAGGUUAAAAGGUUGGUUGUCAUUGAGACCGAAGAAAUGUUUAAGGCACGUAAAGAAAACGAAGCAAAGCAUCGUGCCAUUCGUCCGCCGUUGGUUGUGAGCCAUCUUCCCGCUCCUGCAAGUGUUCCACCUCAACAGGCAGCCUAAUAUUCUAUGUUUUAUGAUGUUUUUGAGUAUCCGACGUUUAUUCAGAGCUGAUGUGUCAAGGGCAGUUCGAUUUAGUUGAGGUACGCCUAAAUCAUAAUUUAGAGAAAAAACUGAUUUUGUUUUUAUUUAUUCUGUGGGCAUAUUUGUAAACGCCAAGACUAAAAAAUAUGAGGUAGUUUGAUAUUAAAUGUGCUUCGCCUAACAUAGAGAAGGUCAGCUCGUUCACAUUUUUGUGGUCGUAAUAUUUUUUUUUGAACAUUUAAAAGAAUUAGCCGUCUCGGGCCAAUCUUAUAUUAGAGGUGCAAAUUAAGCAUGUA